AUGGCUAUAUAUGUCUUCCUUUUAAAUGGAAUUAGAUACCGCACUAAGUCCUCCGCUCGGCUUUUCAACGGAACUAAGACAAAGGGUUUUGCAGGAAGGAAGAACAACAACCUGGUAGUAGUGGGACCAUGGGGAGGAAACGGAGGAUCGAGCUGGGACGAUGGUUGCUUCACAGGGGUGAGAGAAAUCACACUGGUUUAUGGAGAUUGUAUAGACUCCAUUCAAGUUGUUUAUGACAAGCAUGGUAAGCCUUUCAAAGCUGACAGACAUGGAGGAACCAGAGGCAACGAAACUGAUGAGAUUAAGCUGCAGUACCCAGAUGAGUUCUUGAUUGGUGUCAGUGGACAUUACUGUCCAGCGUGGCUUAACGGCACACCUGUCAUUCGAUCAUUGGUGUUUAAGAGCAACAUCACAACCUAUGGACCAUAUGGAGUUGAAGAAGGCACACCAUUUGACUUUACAAUGGAAGGAUGCAAAAUUGUAGGGUUUAAGGGGAGAAGCGGAUGGUACUUAGAUUCAAUUGGUUUCACUUUGUCUCCUAAACAAUCAAAAACCUUGCUUCAGAAACUGAAAAACUGCUUUGGAUGUGGAUUAGCUUAUUUCAAAAGAUUUUGCAAUGUAUAAAAUAACUAUGUGAGAAGAAUUUUGUCUUACAAAACGUAAAAAAUUUUUUACGCAAUUUAAGACGAAAUUCUUUUCACAUAUUUAUUCUAUACAACUCUUAAAGUAAGUUAGUAAAAUACAAAAUAGUGAAGCCCAUAUUGUGCUAAGUUAGUAAAAUAAGGGAAGAAUACGGGAGCAUGGGUUGAGUGGUGAAGCAUGCACGUUGAUAAAGUUUACGAGUGGACCUUUAAUGUCGUCAGCCACCAAAGCUGGCCAGAAAACCAUAUAAAAUUAGACUUGUUAGUUUAGUAAAAGAGAACUACAGAGUCUACAAUUGAG